UUAAAUGGUUACUAAAUUGAGAACAUGUUGAUUUGUCUUUCAUGCAUUCUGCAUUCUGCAGAGUGAUGCAGUGGUAACAUGUAUGAUGGAUUGUCCGCUUAUACAAAAUAUUUCCUAUGGUCAUAAGCAGAAAUGUUGAUUUGGUCAUAAGCAGAAAGAUAAUUAAGGGUGGGACUCAUGUUGAUUAUGUUACCAACUAGAUUACAAACUAUGUAAUGAGUAUUGUUAAUAAAAAGAAUAAGAAUGCUAAUCUCAAAGCCCACGCAGUGAAGAACCAUCUAUGGGUUUUUGUCAAUGCUCUUAUUGACAAGCCAGCUUUUGAUUCUCAAACCAAAAAGACUUUGACAAUUCGCCAAAGCAGUUUUGGGUCAAAAUGUGAACUUUCACAGGAGUUCCUGAAGAAAGUGUCCAAGUCUGGAAUAGUGGAAAGUCUCUUGUCAUGGGCAAAUUUUAAGCAGAGCAAGGAUCUUAAGAAAACUGAUGGGACAAAGAGACAGAGGAUAACUAGGAUUACCAAACUAGAAGAUGCUAAUGAUGCCGGAGGGAAGAGCUCUGAUAAAUGUACCUUGAUUUUGACAGAAGGUGUUUCAGCGAAGGCACUUGCGGUAAGUUGUCUAGCUAUUUAAGCAGUUUCAGUUGAGUUUGUUUUUUUUUUAGAGUUUUUAACUGAUUUGAGUAUAUACAGAUGGCAUGAAAGGAUAUAUGAAUUUGGGAUUAGACUGUUAUAGGUUGUGAAUCAAGCCACGAAAAGAUAAAACUGUCUAUUUAUGUAUUUUUUAUUUUUAUUUUUUUGGGGUGAGAAAGAAUGUUGAGUAAUUUGCAUGGUUAGUUUUAAUUGUAGUUUUUUAUUAAAUGGAUUUAUUAGAUGGAAUAGAAGAAUCAGUAGAGCUAGAAGGUUUUAUAGUUAAAGCUCAAAUUUUCUUUUGAUCCCCUUGUGGUAGGGUUUCUUAUUUGUUGAUCUUUUAUUGUCUUUUAGAGUUUUUGUGUUGUUUAAUCCUGGGGUAAUGCCUAAUGAGUAAUGGCUGAGGCUGUGUAGUUCAUCUCUCUAUCUAGUACUUGUUGAAUUUUUAUGUGAGUCAGAUAGAAAAAAAGGAGACUUUCACCUACCUCCUCUGUGGUUUGGCAAUUAGGCAAAAAACCCCUAAGGUUUGAGAAACCUACAAUUACCAUGAUGGAAAGCUAAUGGACCAAUGGCAAAAUGGUAAAAAUAUAUGAAAUAAAAAGAGAAUAGAAAAAAUAUAUGGUCUACGGUUGACAAUUUCUAGUUUAUGGUGGCUUGUGAUGUUACGUAGUUGAUGGUUGACAAUUUUCUAGUCUUUGGUGCAUGUAUGUUUGGUAUCAUAUGGUAUAUUUAUAAGGUGGUAAGUGUCGUCCUUUUUUUUUCAUAAAAAUUGUUCUGUAACAUUGAAUAAGCAUGUAUGUCAAAUAUUACAUCACAAAAAUAAGAACAGAAUUAGGAGAAAUGGGAAAUUUAUAUAUGGUUGGUUUUGCCUCACAUUUACAACAAAAAAUAUUCUCACCAUUGGCCUUAUAG